CCUAAAAAGGACUGAUUUUUACCGGCGGCGUGGAAGCCGAAGUGCCCACAUGGUUGUCUCCUCAUAGUUUCUACAAUCGUCAAUUUGUGUGAUGUGGAAAGCGACAUGAAGCUGCUUCUUAAGUGUUAGUUCAUCUGUAAAUCGAUGUUUUCAAAUGUCCUAUAGAAACCAUACCAUCUUGAAGACGGAGAAAAAUGGUCGUGAUGAUGAUGCCAGGGCUUUCUUUGCGAUUCAUCUCCGCUUUUGGGACUGCAAAGAAAUUUCUGGGUAUUCCUUUAUCAUAUGAUUUUCAUUCGUUGAGAGGAAAUCGAGACAUGAUGCAUCAGAUCAAACAUUUUCCUGGGAGGUCGAUUCAGACUAAAACUCGAAUAACUAUCCCAGGAACUUCAUUAUUAGCUAAUGACAAUGCAUCUUCAGACUUCUUAAGAGAUAAGAAGUUGAUUCCUGGUUCAGAGCCCCCAAGCACUAAAGAUGUUGAGCUUCUGUACGAAUUUAUUGAUCGAAGUACCAAACUUGUGGUUUUGACAGGAGCUGGAAUAAGCACGGAAUGUGGAAUUCCUGACUAUAGGAGCCCAAAUGGAGCCUACAGUUCUGGAUUUAAACCAAUUACACAUCAGGAGUUUCUCCGCUCAAGUAAGGCGAGAAGACGUUAUUGGGCUAGAAGCUAUGCAGGAUGGAUACGCUUCACUGCAGCUCAGCCUGGUGCUGCUCAUUAUGCCUUGGCAUCUCUUGAAAAAUCCAGCCGUAUAAAUUUUAUGAUUACCCAAAAUGUGGAUAGGUUACAUCAUCGUGCUGGUAGUAAUCCUCUUGAGCUACAUGGAACUGUGUACACAGUAGGUUGUGUGGAUUGUGGGUUUUCAUUUGGUCGCCAACUGUUCCAAGAUCAAUUGAAAGCUAUUAAUUCCAAGUGGGCAUCUGCCAUUGAAAGUCUGGACUAUGACAGUCUUAAAGACAAAAACUUUGGCAUGAAAAUACGGCCUGAUGGUGAUAUUGAGAUCGACGAAAAGUUCUGGGAAGAGGAUUUUCAUAUUCCAACUUGCCAGAAAUGUAAUGGAUUGCUCAAACCAGAGGUAGUCUUUUUUGGUGAUAAUGUUCCAAAGGAUAGAGCUGACAAAGCAAUGGAAGCUGCAAAGGGAUGUGAUGCGUUCCUUAUACUUGGCUCGUCAGUAAUGACCAUGUCUGCUUUCAGACUUGUCAGGGCUGCUCACGAGGCAGGUGCCGCCAUUGGCAUAGUAAAUAUAGGCGUGACCAGAGCAGAUGACCUUGUUCCCUUAAAAAUCAGUGCCAGAUUAGGAGAGAUACUUCCAAGAGUGCUCGACUUUGGUUCCCUUAGCAUUCCAGCUGCCUAGUAGUUUUACAGAAAAAAAAGGAACAGUACAGCAUGUUGUGCAUUCAUUCAAAAUAUUUGUUGCCCUAUUUCUGAUGACAAUAGAAAUCAGUUUGUCUUAGAAAACUUGAAAUUGUAUAAUACUGAAAGGCAAUGUUAGGCAUCAUCAUAUAUUUAUGAUUAAAUUAUUCAUUGUUAUAUGUAAUUCAUAUCUUUCUCUUUAUCCCA